AACAUGGUCAGUACUAGAGUAUUUUUAAUAGCCACGCUAUUGCUAAGCGUUGGCACAACAGUGUGGAGCACCAGUCAAAAUGAAGACUAUUUGGAGAUGGACCUGUCGGAGUACCAGAGCCUUACUCGACUAAGACAUUUGUCGGUGGAGUUCCUUGACUUUUACCAAAACAUAACGCUAAAGGAUCUGUUGCCAGGCGAAAGUCCUAGAAUACCCACCCAAGAAGAUCUCGAAUGCUUAUCGGACCUCACCCUCCUAACUCAAGGAGUGAGCACAGCCAGCUUGUGGGCAAUAAGAAUGUUUGAUUCGUGGGGUUCAAUUCCCUCAGGAAUUUUAAAGGGAAACUUGAAGGAUUUGGGUAACUAUGACGAAUGUUUGGCGAUUGACCACUCAGUCGUCUCCGGUCACAGUGUGAGGGGAAAAUACUGUUUUGCUAAGAUACCCUUUGGCAAAAUUUCUGGAGUGCCAAGCAUUCUUAAUGUGAACACCGCUGUCUGUUUUCCCUCCACUUGUUCGGGCACUCACAUGGACACAAUGAUUCGACAAUUGUUCAAGCAACUACUAAAUCUAGAGAUCAGUGCAGACUUGGAGCUGGUCAAUGACGCCUCAUGCAAAACAGCCGAUAAAGAACCCUACGACGGGGUCACCAUUUUCACCAUUGUCCUUUUGUCUAUAUUGGCGUUCUUGAUGGUCUUGGCCACCCUAUACGACUAUUUUAUUUGUGAAGAUCAGAAGAAACUUCCUCCCAUUGUGAAAGCCUUUUCGGCACGAGCAAACUCCCGUACUUUAUUCCGCAUUGUGGACAACAAAUCGAAUCCCAAUGUCAUUGAUUGUCUUCAUGGAAUGCGUUGUAUGUCACUUGUAUGGGUAAUUUUUGGCCAUGAUUAUAUUAUCGCUGGAGUUUCGCCAAACAUUAAUAUUGUGGAUGCCUAUAAGGUAGGCUAUAGCAUGCUGAUUAUGAUUACAAAAAGUCUGAUAACUGAAAUUUCAUUGAUACAGUGGUUCAACUCAGCAUUUUUCAUGCUCAUCAGAGAGGGAGUUUUUUCCGUGGACACAUUCUUCUUUUUGAGCGGCCUUUUGGUAGUUCUUCUGGGACUACGCUAUGUGGAACGAACUAAAGGCAAACUAAACGUGCCAAUGAUGUAUUUGCAUCGUUAUCUUCGACUUACACCAGUCUUGGCUAUUGGCAUUCUCAUUUACAUGAAGAUACUGCCCCUUCUCGGCGAUGGGCCUCUCUUUGGCGGUGUUGCCAUGGAAGAUUACAGUCUAUGCAAGGAUAACUGGUUCUGGACUUUGCUGUACGUGCAGAACUAUGCCACAAACGACUUGUGUAUUGCUCAUUCCUGGUAUCUGGCCGUUGACAUGCAGCUGUAUAUCAUUGCACCAUUCCUGAUAUUGGCCCUCUACAAAUGGGGCAAGAAGGGAGCUGCUGGCGUCUUUGUGUUAAUGCUGCUGCUGGCUUCAUGUCUGUUUAGCAUGAUGGUGAUCAAAAAGUAUUCCAUGGUAUCUGGUGGUACCACCUCAAUGAAGAAAAUAUACUUUGGAACUCAAACACGUGCUUCUCCCUAUCUUAUUGGCGUACUAUUUGGCUAUUUCCUGCAUGUGAAUCGUGGCAAAACGUUCAAAUUGAAUCGCCCCACGGUCUGGUUGGGUUGGAUCAUCAGUUUGGCCUUGUUCUUCACCUGCAUAUUUGCCCUCUAUGACGUUAGCAUCUCAAUGCCCAUAGUGGAUGAAGCUUUCUUUUUGACCCUGGGACGCAUGGCCUGGCCCUUGGGUCUCUGCUGGGUGAUCUUCGCCUGUAUGCAAGGAUAUGGUGGAUUGGCCAAUAGUUUCCUUUCAUCGCCUUUAUGGCAGCCAUUGUCGAAGCUCUCCUAUUGCGCCUACAUCUUCCACAUGCUUAUUGAAAGUCUUAAUGGUGGCAUUACAAGGACCAGCACCUACUUUAGUAACUACCAAGUGAUGCUACGUUUCUGGGGAGACUUUGGCUUUGUCGUCAUCCUGGCAUAUUUCAUGUACAUCCUGAUAGAAGCUCCCUUUGGUAAUCUCGAGAGCCUUCUGUUGCCAACGAGAAAGCCAAGUCCGGCUGUUGCCCCUGUGACCAAGGUGCCAGCUACCAUUGAAUCAACUUCCGAAACGGCGCCUCCUUUGCCCAAUAAAUCAGCCCUGACUGAUGAGAAGGCGUCAGUGACGUUUACUGCAAGCAGCUAAUUAGAAUCUGAUCUAUUGGCAAAUAGUUUUAAUUGAUUUUUUUUUAUUAUUAUUAUUAUUAGUUUUAAUAUUUAUGGACUGGAAUUUUCUAUCUUAGUAA